CCCCGUUGUUAACACACCCUCCACAUCCUUCUCCACCAUUCCUGUGGCCUGGCUAAUGAGGGCCUGUCACCCAGCCUGGGGGCUGAGUCACCCACACCAGCAGGUCUCCUCUCUCUCUCCCCUAACAACUGUUCCAAAAGUUGCCUUUCAAUUAGUACUACCUCCUUGGGCUCCUCCCAGAGACAUCUGGGGCCAGGGAGCCAGGCAGGCCUGCUGAGGUCACGGUGGCUGAGCACUGACUAGAAAGGAAGUAACCUGGUGACAUACCAAGCAGGGCUGUCCCCAGACCAGUCCCAGAAGAAUCUGAAGCGUCCUACUGCCCUGGGGUGUUGGUCACAGCUGCCCCAAUCGCAGCCUGUGGAUGCUGCAAUUACCUCAGAGCCUGAAACUGGCUUCCCACCUGACUGAGUCAGCUGAAAACAAAACACAUCUCUACCACACGCUGGCACAAACAGCCAAGCCACUAAUCAGAGUCCCCAGAUGCUGGCAGGCAGAGCACAGCUCUACACUGGCCAGGAGAUCGACACAUGCCAGGGACCACCAGAGAGCGCUUGAGCAGGGCCCAGCUGCUGCCUGCCUGAGGAAGGAAGGAGUACGGUUCCCCUGCCGGGCUCCAGCCCUGCCCACCGAGAAGCUCUCCCUCAGCCGAUCUGCUCCUGUCCUGCCCCGUGAGUACUGCUGUUUCCUUGCUUCCUUUGGGGUUUUCCACAUGCCGCCAAUCAAGUAACCAAGCUGCUCUUCUCCAGGUGGGAGCUUGCAGCGCUCUCAUCUAGAGGAAGUCUUCCUCCUGCUAGACUUGUCUCACCACCCAAGACAAAGACGAAGGUCCACCUUGAGCAGAAACGCACAGCCUCGGCUUCGAGCCCUUGAGGGGUGUCCCCCUGGUUGCUGGCAUUCGGAACUCCAGCACAAAGUCACUUGCUGAGCCCCUUUGUGGGGCUUCCCAGAUGCCAGACUCACUGGAUGACUCUCAGGAACUCCAUGGAGACUUGGCGGAAAGGUUCCUUCCGCAAUGCCUCCUUUUUCAAGCGAAUCACCCUGGGGCGGCCUCGGAGGCUGCAGCGGCAGGGCAGUGUACUUAGCCAGGCCAGCACUGCUGGUGGUGACCACGAGGAGUACAGCAACCGGGAAGUCAUCCGGGAACUUCGAGGGAGGCCAGAUGGCCGGCGCCUGCCCUUGUGGGGGGAUGAGCAUCCCCGAGCCACCCUACUGGCCCCACCCAAGCCCCCACGCCUCUACCGAGAGAGCUCCAGCUGCCCCAACAUUCUGGAGCCCCCAGCAACCUACACCACUGCCUACUCGGCCACCCUGCCUUCAGCAAUCUCCCUGACAGGGCCCCUCCACCAAUGCUCAGAGGAGGGCCUUUUGGACACUCCCCAUUUCCCGAGGACACCUACUCCGGAUCUCAGUGACCCUUUCUUCUCCUUCAAAGUGGACCUUGGCCUUUCACUCCUGGAAGAAGUUCUACAGAUACUAAAGGAACAAUUCCCAAGCGAGCCUCACUUCUGACCCGGUAAGGGUAAGAACUGGGGUGACCAGGAGUGGAGCCUGGGACUCAGGGAAGGAAGGUACAAUGUGGACUAAGGAAGAGGUGGGGACCAGAAGCCACAGUUCUCCCUGCCCUCUGGCUGCUGACCAAUCCUUCAAGUCGCCCAGAGUGAGGGGACAAAAGCCAGCCGGGAAUGUAUGGGAGUCACUUUCUGGCAGGAGCCCCGAAGGAAGCUGGAAAGGCCAGGAAAAGGAAGCCACAACCUGCAACCACAAGAACUAGUCAGAGGUCAGUGGAGAGACAGGGGCGAG